ACAUUCUCACUAUGCUUUUCAGCUCUGGACUGCAUUGAGAUACCAGGGUCAUUAAAGCAGAUUGAUGUCAGUAAUGGGCAGGUGUUUGGAGUGAACAGCGCAGGCAAUAUUUACACGCUGUAUGGAGACAGCUGGGCCCAGCUGCCGGGCUCCUUGAAACACGUCACAGUUGGUCCUGCCGGAGUCUGGGGUGUGAACAACAACGACAACAUCUACAAGCUGGUGGGAGGAAGCUGGCAACAGGUCACAGGUAACUGUCUGUCUCAUCCAGAAGUGGUCUCUGCGAACAGUGCCUCUGCCUUGCCCUGGGUCAAUAUUGCAGGAAAGCUGAAGUACUACAGCUGUGGUUUGUGGGGCUGCUGGGGAGUUAACUCAGCUGAUGAUAUCUAUUUCCGGUUUGAUGUCACCCCGGAUCCUUGUGCAGGAUCCAAGUGGGAGCAGAUUCCAGGCAAGCUGUCCAUGAUUGAGGUCGGGACCGAAGGCUCUGUCUACGGCGUGAACAGUGCAGGACAAGUAUAUCGCAGGGAUGGAAUCACUAAAAGCAACCCCGUCGGCACCAGCUGGACCAAUGUGCCCAGUAUGCUCAACUGCAAACAUGUGUCCUAUGACCUGGGCCAGCUGUGGCUUAUCACUGACCAGGACAAGAUUGUGAAAUGCCGGAUCUAAAUGAGACUCCCGCCAUCUCAGCCUCACAAGCAGAAGUUUAUUCUGUUGGAUCACCUGACUUCCAGCCUGACUGAAUUUCUGGCCUGGAAUCAAAACUUUGUUUUCAUUCAAUCCACCAAGGGUGACUGCCUUUUGCACCUGUUAUUUUGCCUCUCAAUCCAACCCUUACUGUUUUCCCACAUGCCAUUGUGUAGAACUUGAUUCUCAGAUAUUCAGUAAAGGCAGUACACUA